AUGUCGGCAGAACCAUUGUUACCUACGCAUAACGGAUCGCAAGCAGAUGAGGCAGCAUCCGCACAUCAGAAAUUCAUCGUGAUACGGUUUUCAGACGUAUCAGUAAGGGAUUUGCAAUUGAACAUAUCGAAUGUGCCCUAUUCGAACAUAAAUACUCACUGGUUACGUCGAAUGUGUAGGGAGUUGCGGCCUACACAGACGCAGAAGAGAAGACUGAAGUUUAUCAGAAACGGUAGCAUUCUGAACACACAUUCUAAGAUAGCUGAAGAGUUGACGCACUAUUUUGGUACUGCAAGCAGGAAUUCCGACACCGCUACAAGUGCCAGCGGUGGCUCUGGGAAGAACAAGUACUACAUUCAUUGUAUAAUUGGUACUGAGGAGCUCACGCAGGAGGAAUUGGCCAACGAGGAUCUGAAGGAUGAUGCGACCCCUUCCGACGACUCCAUGACUACACAGGCCAUCGGGUUUGAUAGGCUACGAUCCGUCGGUUUCACUGAACAAGAAAUUGAAUUGCUGAGACAGCAGUUUCGAGCCACUUAUGGAGACUUGGAGGAGGAGGAGGAAAGACUCGCUCAGGAUGGUAAUAGAGAUGAUGAGACCAAUGAUAUCAGACAACUAGAAGAGCAGUGGAUGGAAAGUGGAAAUGGAACCGCUCAGGGUAAUACCACUGGCAAUGAAAACGAGGACAGGUUCAAUUCCGUGCCGAUCGCCAAUAUAAAGCACAACAAAGACCUGCUAUUAGGUAUAUGUGUCGGGUUUUUCUUUGGUGUUUUUGGCAUACUAUUGAUGAAGUUUGAUGGCCUGUUCAACAGACGGCAAAAAAUGGCGAUUUUUGCCGGUGUGAUUGUUAAUGUCAUGUUCUGCAUUGUUAGAGGGUUUUAG